GGAAGCCCCCAGGAGUUAGAACAUCCGUACAUAUUUGUGAAUUGAUUCCCACCUCCACUUCAUUCUCGAUUUUACCCCACGUCUAUUACCUCGAUCCUCUCUCUCUCUCGCAGAGAUAAGCUCCUCACCAUGGCGCCCCGAAUUGCCAUCGUCUAUUACUCGAUGUACGGCCACAUCGAGAAACUCGCCCAAGCCGAGCUCAAGGGUAUCCAAUCCGCAGGCGGCACCGCCGACCUCUACCAAAUCAAAGAAACCCUCCCCGACGAGGUCCUAGCCAAGAUGCACGCACCGCCCAAAUCCACCGCCGUCCCCAUCCUCGAGAAACCGGAGCAGCUCCUCGACUACGACGCGGCGCUCUUCGGCAUCCCCACGCGCUACGGCAACUUCCCCGCGCAGUUCAAGGCCUUCUGGGACCGCACCGGCGGCAUCUGGGCGACCGGCGGGUUCUACGGCAAGUACGCGGGCCUCUUCGUCUCGACGGGCACGCUGGGCGGCGGCCAGGAGUCGACCGCCAUCGCCGCCAUGAGCACCCUCGCCCACCACGGGUUCCUGUACGUGCCGCUCGGCUACAAGACGGCCUUCCCGCUGCUGGCGAAUCUGGAGGAGAUCCAUGGCGGGUCCGCGUGGGGGGCGGGGACUUUUGCGGGCGCCGAUGGGUCCCGCCAGCCGACGGCGUUGGAGCUCCAGAUUGCCGAGACGCAGGGGAAGUCGUUCUACGAGCAUCUCUCCCGUGUGAAUUUCGCAUGACUACAUGAUAGUUCGGCUAAGGCGGAGGCCCCUGUGACUUCUGCGGGGCAGCAGGGGGAUUCGGCGAAGGCGACGCAGCCGGAGGGGAUUGUGCAGCAGGGGGGUAGUGGUGGUGGUGGGAGUGCUCAGGCAGCUCAGCCAGCAAAGAAAGAGGGUCCAUGCGGGCUACCCUCGAAAUGUACUAUGAUUUGAUCGCCUAAUUUUUCUGGUCUGGUCAUAGCUAAUAUGGAGAUGGUCUAUGGCUUGCGUGAG